GCCCUGUUACCUUGGAGAGCUGAAGGGGUCUGGAGAUCCUGUGAUGGUGCUCUGGGCCGGAGAUCUAAACAAUCUAAACAUUAAAUAGUACAGCUGCCUCAGAUCCCUGGGAAUUUCAGAAUGACUGACACUUCUGAAGCUGUUCCAAAUUUUGAAGAGAUGUUUGUCAGUAGAUUCACAGAUGACAAAGAGUACCAGGAAUACCUGAAACGCCCUCCUGAGUCCCCUCCAAUUGUUGAGGAAUGGAAUAGCAGAGCUGGUGGGAACCAAAGAAAGAGAGGCAAUCGGUUGCAAGAUAACAGACAGUUCAGAGGUAGGGAUAGCAGACGGGGGUGGCCAAGCGACAAUCGAUCCAAUCAGUGGCAUGGACGAUCCUGGGGUAACAAUUACCCGCAGCACAGACAAGAACCUUACUACCCCCAUCAAUAUGGACACUAUGGUCACAACCAACGGCCUCCCUAUGGCUACUACUGAUAGAGAUGUCAGCAGUUUUUAGUAAAACCAUUUACUCUGUUAAUAUGACAAAAGUUUAUGUUGUGUUUUCUGUUGGUCAUAGUUUUACAUCUGAUUGUAGAGAGUGGACUGACUUUUUGGAACUUGAGACAUUUUUAAAAUUAGAUCUUACUGGAGAGAUAUGAUGGCUGCUGGAAAUAUCAAUAAAUACUCCCCUAAAAAGGUUGUGGAUUAUA